AUGGAAUUCGAAAGCCGUACCCUGGCCUACAAGGCGGUGGCCUACUCGGCCAUCACAUUCUCCGUCCUUGCAGUGCUUUCGAACCAUGCAAAAGAGAUUUGGCACGAAGUCACCACAUUGAAGAACGCCCCAGCCAACCACACUCGUAUCGCUCGUCAGAACUCUUAUGCUGCUGGAGAGGCGGCCCAAGCAUGCCAGCCAUGUUGCAAUCCUGGCCCACCUGGUCCUCCUGGGCGACCAGGUAGGCCUGGAAAGAACGGCAACCAUGGAGCGCCAGGGAUGCCGGGUAUGCCAGGUAAAGCAUCUGAUGCUUUGUGCGAGCCAAUCACACUACCCCCGUGUAAACCAUGUCCCGCUGGGCCACCUGGUCUUAAUGGAGAGCCUGGACCGAUCGGAGAGCCUGGACCAGUUGGACAGCCUGGAAGGAAUGGAAAUGACGGCACCCCUGGAGAGCCAGGACCCAAAGGUCCUCCGGGACCUCCUGGAGAGCCUGGUAUACAAGGACCACCGGGAGAAGCUGGAACCCCAGCGAUUCCCGGCCAUGCUAUUCAAGGAGAACCUGGACCUCCUGGAGAUGAAGGUCCAGUUGGUCAACCAGGUAUUCCAGGACAACCAGGAGCCAAUGGAGCACCAGGUCAACCAGGGCCGAAAGGGCCAAAUGGUCCUGAUGGUCCGCCUGGUCCUGAGGGUAAACCUGGUGCUCCCGGUCCACCCGGUAAUUCAGGCAACGAUGGCGAGAAGGGAAUUUGUCCGAAAUAUUGCGCCAUUGAUGGCGGAAUCUUUUUUGAGGACGGAACAAGACGUUAA